CUCCCUCGGAGCGCGCCUGCGCCGUGGCUCAGCGGUUCCCAUGGAGGCGCUGUGGGCUGCCUUGGACGAGGUGGCUCUAGAGGGCCUGGAUGGUGUCGCGCCCGGAGCCCUUUGGGAGCGACUGGCCAGCCGCAUCCCGCCCUUCCCGCUGCCUCUGGAGCCCGCCGUCCGGCAGCUCCUCUGGGCCGCCCUCGCCGGCCAUGCCGAACUCCGCUUCUACCUGCUCCCGGAGGAGCCCCGGCCCCCGCUGCGCCUCUAUGACCGGUAUGAAGAAAUUGAUCUUGAAACAGGCAUUCUGGAGACCAAGCGAGAUCCUGUUCCUUUGGAUGAUAUUUAUCCUGUGCACAUGGUUUUGGAUGACAGCAAUGGCGUUCAGGGUUCAUGCCAAUAUUUUAAAGAGAGGUUGGAUAUUACUGAUCAGGUCAGGACAAAAAAUCUGCAGCCCUGUUUCACAUAUUCAGAGGCCUAUGACAAGUGGGGAGAGAAGCUGGUCAUUGUGGCCUCCCAGAUGCUUCGCCACAGAACUCUGGUCGGUUGGGAAGGGGAUCCGGACUUAAAACUUCCUGACUUCUCCUACUGUAUUUUGGAGCGGCUAGGGCGUGCUCGAUGGCAGGGGGAGCUCCAGAGAGACCUCAGUGUGGCUUUUAAAGUGGAUGCUGGGAAGCUUCACUAUCACCGCCGGGUGCUGGACCGAAACGGGCUCAUCUCCAUGCAGUCCCAUGUCAUCAGGCUGCCCACGGGGGCCCAGCAACACUCCAUCCUUCUGCUGCUGACCCGCUUCCAUAUUGACAGGAGGAGCAAAUAUGACAUCCUGAUGGAGAAGCUCUCUGGUAUACUGAGCACUCGGCCGGGUCAGAUGGACACGUUGGGCCACAUACGGGAGGAACUGGGUCUCUGUGAGAAAACAUUCAAGCGCCUCUAUCAGUAUAUGCUGAAUGCUGGCUUGGGCAAGAUCGUCACUGUUCCACUACAGGACGUUCACCCCGACAGAGGCCCCUUCAAGACCAAGAAAGGAACCGACAUCAUGGUCCGCUGCAUGAAGUUAGUGAAGGAAUUCCGGAAGAAGGUGGACGAUUACCAUGAUGACGACGACGAGGAGAUGAUCACCAAGACUGUGCAGCCGGUGGACAUUGUCUUCGAGAAGGAUAUGCUGACGCAGACGUAUGAGCUGAUUGAAAGCUGGGGGACCAAAGGCAUCUCUCAGGCUGAACUCCGAGCGGCUAUGAACGUGGGCAAGCUGGAAGCUCGGAUGCUGUGUCGCCUCUUGGAGAGAUACAAAGUGGUCAAGGGGUUCAUGGAAGACGAAGGCAGACAGCGGACCACCAAGUAUAUGACGUGUGCGUACGUGGAAGAGAGUGACUUGAACCAGCAGCUUAGGAGGGAGAAGGCCCGGAGCGAGCAGCUGGCCUUGGCCGGUGUGGCUGCUGCCCACGAGGAUUCAUUGCCUGGGGAAGAGCUCUCUCUGCUGGAGGAAGAGAUUCUGCUCUCCGAGUCGGAGAAUGAGGAAGAGGAGAAAGAAGGUGUGCGGCCCAGGAAGGCCAGCCCCAGAUUGCCACAGAGAGACCCGUGCCAGUCGACGCCCACGAAAGCCGACAGAGCGCCAGCCGCAAGAACCCCGGGGUGGAGGCUGCUUGAGUCCCCAGAAGAGCUUGCGGAUCACUUGGCAGGCAACGACUCGACUUUGGAGGUGGUGGAGGAGGAGACCGGCCUCUCAACGUGCGCCCAUUUUACAGAUGCCACUGGCAAUGUGGCUCUGGUGGAGGAAGUCAGGCUCGAAACGCCCAAAAAGAGCAGUGAUGAAAAGAGGAAGGAGAAGUGCUCACGAGCCUUGGUGAGUGAGCGAUCACACGAGACCUACCGCCUGCUGAAGCGCCGAAACCUCAUCAUAGAGGCUGUCCGGAACCUCCGCUUGAUCGAAAGCUUGUUUGCGCUUCAGAAAAUGAUCAUGGAUCAGGAGAAGCAAGAAGGGGUCUCCACCAGAUGCUGCAAGAAGUCCAUCGUCCGUAUAGUGCAGAAGCUCUCCCAGGAAGGGCUCCUUCGCCUCUUCCGCACCACCGUGAUCCAGGACGGCAUCAGCAGAAAGGUUGAGUUUGUCGUCGAUCCAUCUGUGAAUCCCAGUGACCCACUGGUGAAGAGCGCCAUUGAGCAAGUGCGCUUCCGCAUCUCCAACUCCAGCAUCAGGAUUAAAAUUCCGCAGACCCCCAAAUCCCAGGAGCACCUGGAUGAAGGGAGCCAUGAGUCAGGUGUUGGGCCUGCCUUGAGGGAAAUGGAAGGCCGCUCCUCUCCUUGCAAAAUGGAGGCGGCUGGCAGGGGGAGGGAGCCCGGGGCGAAGGUGCGCAUCACGAAAUUCAACUACCACCCCAUCACAGUGCCAGGUCUUGGGCGCUCCCUGGGCUUCCUUCCCAAAAUGCCUCGCUUGAAGAUCGCCCACCAUUUCCUCUGGUACUUGGCCUAUGGGCAUCCACUCAAUGUUCUGCAGGAGAAGGCCAGUUGCAGUCCCGACAGUAGCAUGCCAGACCUUGACGCAGGCUGUACCACCCCUGGGGCCCCACCUGGCACAGCAGGAGAAGAGGAGCCUAACAUGGCCCGCUUGGGGAGUCCUGAGGGCCCCGUACAGGACGUCGAAACGGAGCCUGGCGAGCAAACAGUGUACGUGAACGAAGCCUCGUGGAUGCGCCACAUCCCUCCCCUCCCCAUCCACAGGGAGCUUGGCCGCGGCUGGGCCCUCGUGAGCGACAUCCUCCUCUGCCUGCCCCUCUCCAUCUUUGUCCAGAUAGUGCAAGUCAGCUACAAGGUGGAUAACCUGGAAGAUUAUUUAAAUGAUCCUCUAAAGAAACACAUGCUGAUCCGAUACCUUCCAAGACCAAUUCGACAGAAGCUCCUUUAUAAGAGGAGGUACAUCUUCUCCGUGGUGGAAAAUCUGCAGCGGUUGUGUUACAUGGGGCUGGUGCAGUUUGGCCCCACAGAGAAAUUCCAGGAGAAAGAUCAGGUGUUUGUCUAUGUGAAGAAAAAGGCGAUGAUUGUGGACACCACAGCGUGUGAGCCCCACUACAAUCUGGCCCAGGGCAGCCGCCCCUUUGACAGGCGCCUGUAUGCUCUGAGCACCCUGCAAGACGUGGAGAAUUUCUGGUUUGAUCUGCAGUGUGUCUGCCUCAACACCCCCCUCGGAAUUGUGCGCCAUCCCCGUGCCAGGCGGAGUGGAGCUAAAGCUGAUGAGGCUGGCGCUGCCUUGGAUGAAACGCUGGAGCAAGAAUCGGCAGUGCACAAGCACAACCUGGAGCGCAAGUGCGCCAUGCUGGAGUACACGACAGGCUGCUGGGAGGUGGACAAUGAUGGUUCGAUUCCUGGGGACGGUCUGGGUGCAGGAGGUCUGGAUUCCAGCUUCUAUGGCCAUUUAAAACGCAACUGGAUUUGGACAAGCUAUAUUAUUAAUAAGACAAGGAAGGAGACCGCCAUUUCCGAGGCUCGGCACGCUGUCAGGCUACAGACCAUGCUGAGGAAGCACCCUCUGCCGCUUGGCACUAGAGGCAGCAACACCACGCUUUGGGGAGAUGCACCGGUGGCGCUCGACCCUUCUGUCCGGAAGGAGGACUUGGAGGUUGAAAAAGAAGCCACACUGAACAGAACCGAGAGAGUGAAGGGUGGGAAGAGCCAGAAGAGGCGGCGGCUGAAGAAGGACACCAUGAAGAAGACAAAGAAAAAAAGAAAGAAGGAGGUGAGGCCUGGAGAAAAGAGCAAAAGGCCACGCUACCACGACGAAGCAGACCAGAGUGCCCUGCAGAGAAUGACCCGCCUACGGGUCAUGUGGACCGUCCAGGAGGACAGCCUGCUGAUGCUGUGCCGGAUUGCUAGCAACGUCCUCAACGCCAAGGUGAAGGGGCCAUUUGUCCCAUGGCAGGUGGUCAGAGAUAUCAUGCAUGCCAGCUUUGAGGAGUCGUUGGACAAGACGUCUCAUUCCGUUGGGAGGAGAGCUCGCUACAUUGUCAAAAACCCACAAACGUACCUCAAUUACAAGGUUUGCCUGGCUGAAGUCUACCAAGACAAAGCCCUCAUCGAUGACUUCAUGAGCAGGAAGAGGAACUACCAAGACCCCAAGGUUUGUGCAGAAGAGUUUAAGGACUUUGUGGAGAGGAUUAAGGAAAAGUUCAGCUCCACACUAGGAACUCCCAGGCCUCUGAUUCCGGACACACUGGAGGAGCUUUUCCUCAGGUUCCGCGUUCUGGCCAUUGGAAACGAAACCAGCCAAAGCAAGAAGGAGGACGUGCUCAACAGCAUCGCUGACAUCCACUUCCUGGUGCUGCAGAAUCUGAUCCAGAGCACCUUGGCCCUCUCAGACAGCCAGAUGAAGUCCUGCCAGUCCUUCCAGACCUUCCGUCUCUACCGGGAGUAUCAGGACGACAUCCUUGUGAAGGCUUUCUUGGACUGUCAGAGGAAAAGCUUGGUGAACCGCCGCCGGGUCAACCACUGCCUUGGCCCCAAGAAGUACCGGGCCCUGCCCUUUGUGCCCAUGUCCUAUCAGCUCUCUCAGAGCUAUUACCGGCUGUUCACGUGGCGUUUUCCCAGCACGCUCUGCAGCGAAUCGUACCAGUUUCUUCUGAAGCUCAAGGAGGCUGGGAAGCAGGACCAGGCGACCAGCUUUUCUUUCCGAGACCAAGACUACUCUCCUGCCUCGGACAUGGUGACGUUUCCCUUGGAUGGGCCCGGUGGCUACUGCUCAGCUAUCCUGGCCCUCUUCUCCCUUGGCAUGGUUUCUGUGGACGUGACGAUCCCAGAGCAGAUUGUGGUAGUGGACAGCACCUUGGUGGAGAACGAAGUCACCAAAAGCCUGGGGAAGGAAGGUCUGGAGGAGGAGGAAGAGGACGACGAUGACCUUGAGGACAAUGGAACAGAUAAGCGCCGGAUAGAGGUGAAGGCCCGCCAGGCUUCACACACCAACUACUUGCUGAUGAGAGGCUAUUACGCACCAGGCAUCGUCAGCACACGCAACCUGAGUCCCACAGACAACAUUGUUGUCAAUUCCUGUCAAGUGAGGGUGAAGCUGAGAGAGACCCCUACCCCGGAAGGCCUCCGGACUCAAGAACCACUCGAUCUGGAGAGCCUGCCAGUUGGAGCUUCCUGCCUCCCCAGCUCCUUCACCAGACGUCUCAGUGUACACGAAGAAGAUCACCACACAGGCCAGCUUCUCCUGCAGUCCCUAGAGCGUUACUGUACCAGCCCUGGAGAUGCUGCCGCUGUCCUUGAAAUCCACAGUGCCAUUGAGGCAGCUUCCCACUUUGGGGUGGACAAGGUUGAACUUGCCAGACAGUUCCAGAAUUACGAAGAGCCUGGUGCGAAGUACACCCAAGGACUGCAGCGGUACCUUCAGGACCUUCUUGAUUUGGAGCAGGUGUUGGAAGUAGGAGGCCACAGCCCCCGGCUGGUGGCAAGGAGGUUUGCCAACCCAUGGCUACUGCAUUCUGUGUGUCACAGGGAGGAGGUCAGCGGAAGUAUGAAAGACAAAGGCACUGCUGAGCUAGAGGAGCUGGAGCCCAAGGAACCCCCCACCUCACCUGCUUUAGCAGAGGAAGAACCAGCAAGAAAAAGGCAAAAGAGGGAGGAAGGGAGUCCGGCUACAAAUACUGUUCCCCAGAGCCUGCCAGUGAAGGGAGCUGGCAGCCAAGUUCUGGAGGCUGGUGGAACAGGAAUGAAAUCCUGUACAAAAGCUGGGUUCCACACAAAGUGUUGCGGUGGGGAAAGAGAAGGGAAGCCAUGCCUUCUUCCCGUGGCACAGGAAGGAAACGCUGCACAAGAGCUGGGCUCCACACGAGAAUGUGCUGCAGACUCUGUGGCGGAAGAGGAGGGAAGCCAUACCUCUGGGGAAGAGGCAGCUGUGCUGAGCUGCCAGGAAGGACUGGACAGUGGAGCUCCUGUCAAGGAGCCAUGCCGGGAGGACUUGCUACUGGAGGAAGGCCCUGGCAGCAACACUGAAUGUUCCACUGGGAAAAUAUUGCAGCCUGAUCAAGACAGCAGAGCCAGCGCAAACAUUUGCUUUGUUGGGCGGCCAUGGCGGAUCGUGGAUGGCAGUCUGAACAAGCCAGUCUGCAAGGGCAUCAUGGAGGGGGUGCUCUGCCACAUCAUGACCAAGCCUGGCAUAACAGAAGCAGCUCUGUAUCAUCAUUACACUGGCGUCCUCCAGCCGGUAGCUCUCCUGGAGAUACUGCAGGGCCUCGAAGCUCUGGGCUGCAUCAAGAGAUACUACUUGAAGAAGCAGAGUCCAACGUCUCUCUUCUCACCGCCUGUCCUUGAGGAGGAAAUAAGCAGCCCCAAGCUGAGUGACACCCCAACAGUAUUCUAUGAGCCAACCCUUGACUGCGCCCUGAAGAUGAGCAGAGUCUUUCCCUAUGAACUGAACUGGAACAAGUGGGUGCAAAUGGCUCCCUUGUGAAUAUGCUCCUUGUACAGUAGUGAUUAAUGCAUUUAUGCCACUUGGUUAAAAUAAAAUUAAGUUUAUUUA